AGACAGUUGUCAGAGCAGAGACCCCGCCCCUACCCACGUGACCGCGCAAAGCUGUCCCGCGGAGGGCGGGGGGACCGCACCUCAGGGCUGCGGGAGGAAGAGUCCAGAGCCCGCAGCUCUGUGUCUGCGAGUGUCUGGAGCUGGACGGCUUCUCCAGGGAGGCACAGAGCAGGCAGCAGAGACCCAUGGAGCCCCCGUCAGGCCCUCCCCGCAGAGGACAGGACCCCCGGCUCGGGCCCCUGCUCACAGUCUCAGUCUUGAUCAUCUGGAGCCGACCCAUCACAGCCCAACUCAGGAUUGAAUCGGUGCCGUUCAAUGCUGCUGAAGGGAACGAUGUUCUUCUGCUUGCCCACAAUCAGUCAGAGAAUACUUACGGCUAUAGCUGGUUCAAGGGAGAAAAGGUGGACGAAGACCAUCAAAUUCUAGCAUAUGUAAUAGACAGUCAACAAACAACCCCAGGGUCUGCCCACAGCGGUCGAGAGAGAAUAUACCCCAAUGGAUCCCUGCUGCUCCAGAACGUCACCCAGGGGGACUCAGGAGCCUACACCCUACAAGUAUCAAAGAGAAACCUUCAGAUUGAGCUAUCCACUGGAUGGUUCCACGUGUACCCGGAGUUACCCGUACCCUUCAUCACGAGCAACAACUCUGACCCCAUGGAGGACCAGGACUCUGUGGCAUUCACAUGUGAACCUGAGACCCAGAACACAACCUACCGCUGGUUGAUAAACAAUCAGAGCCUCCCAGUCAGUGCCAGGCUGGAGCUGUCCCUGGACAACAGAACUCUCACGAUCCACAAUGUCACAAGGAAUGACCUGGGAUUUUAUGAGUGUGGGACCCAGAAUCCAGUGAGUGCCCGUCGUAGUGACCCAGUCAUGCUGAAUGUUCUCUAUGGCCCAGACGCCCCCACCAUUUCCCCCCCUGGCUCCUAUUACACUCCAGGGGCAAAUCUCAGCCUCUCCUGCCUCGCGGCCUCUAACCCGCCCGCUGAGUAUUCCUGGCUUAUCAACGGGAGGCCCCAGCAAUCCACACAAGAGCUCUUUAUCCCCAAUGUAUCUGUGAAUGACAGUGGAUCCUACACCUGCCAUGUCCAUAACAAUGUCACUGGUCUCAACAGGACCACCGUCAGGACGAUCACAGUCUCUGAGUCCGUGACAAAGCCCACCAUCCUAGCCAGCAACACCACAGUCACAGAACACAAGGACUCCGUGGUGCUGACCUGCCUCUCACACCACUCUGGAGUCUCCACCCGGUGGAUCUUCAAUGGGCAGAGCCUGCGGCUCACAGAGAGGAUGGAGCUGUCGCAGGGGAACAGCACCCUCAGAAUAGACCCCGUCAAGAAGGCGGAUGAAGGGAAUUAUCAGUGUGAGGUCUCCAAUGGGUUCCAUUCCAGUGAAAGUGACCCCCUCCGGCUGAUUGUGCAGAAUGAUUCAGCACAAGGAAGUUCUGGCCUCUCAGCCGGGGCCAUUGCUGGCAUCGUGGUUGGAGUCCUGGCUGGGGUGGCUCUGAUUGCAGCCCUGGGGUAUUUUCUGUACAGCAGAAAGACUGGAGGGACAAACGACCAGCGUGAUCUUACAGAGCACAAACCCUCAGCAUCCAACCACAGUCAGGACCACUCUGACAAGUCGCCUAACACGGAUUUUAUCAAGAAGAGACUUCGGAUAACAAAAGCCUCCCUCCAAAGCUACAAGUUUCAAAUUGGUCACAGCACCAGGUGACAAGGUGAGCAUACAACCCGUGACACUGAUUUAAUUGACCGUUCCUCGUGCUUUUCAGAUAGCUGAAGUUGCAUAUUCUUCUGUGAACUUCAAUGUCCAGCAACUGAAGAAACUAACUUCAGCCUCCCCAUCCCCAACAGAUACAGGAACGGUAUACUCAGAAGUUAAAAUGAAGUGAUGCAACCUGACCUGCUUGCUGCACUGUGGAUGUAUUUAUUCCUAGCCUCUCUUCCCCAUCACUAAUGGAGAGCCCUUUAUACUCAGGGGAAAAGGGAAGAAGCCCCCACUUCACUCCUUAAUGCAGCACCUCCAGGCUGCCCGAUCACAGCCCCUCCCCCUCUUCCCCCUUCUGUGUCAAUACAUGAAAAAGUAGAUCCGGGAAUCUGUAGGAAAUCCAACCUUCCUUGUCAUUGAAAUUUGGCAAAGCAGCCUUUGGGAGUUGCCAGAACCUCCCCGCCCCUCCCCCUUACCUGACCUGGACUUUUUUUUAAGCUUACACAUUCCUGCCCACCCCAAUCCUGUUCUAUCCGAGUCUAACUUCAAUUUGCCGUAAUCUGGAAGGAAGGUUAUGUCCUUAUUCAAUGAUGAAUAUGUGUCAGGAAAAAAGAGAAAGAAAAAGUAAAUGCAGUAAUGGCUUCUCCUAUCUCUCCAAAGUCUGAUGUAAACCCAGCAUACACAGGAAAAUCAAAUAUAUAACCAAUACUGAAUUGGGAAAUUCUACCCCAUUGUCUACUGUCAGCAUUGUCCACCUUGCUGCUUAGUUAAGACCACCUAAGCCCUUUGGCUAGCCAGGGUCCAAAGAGCCCACUAGAAGCAGCUAGGAAAACGAUUUGCCAAGGUCCACAGGUGAUUUCUAAUGCAAAAGUGCAUGUGUAUUUUAAUAUCUUUAUAGACUUUAUUCAAGGAAACACCACAGAGGGUGGGGUUACAGCUUUAGGAAGGAGUCAGUUUCUAACAGGGACAAUUUGCUAGGGACUUAAGAAAGGAAUCAGAGAACUACCCUUCAGAGAGUAACUGAAAUUGUUAAAGAAUACCAAGUUUGGUGUAUUGGAUCCCCCCCAUACACCCUUUCCUCUGAGACAUUCUGCCAUUUUAAUUUUUGUAACUGCUUAUUACUUAUGUGAAAAGGGUUAUUUUUCCUUAGCUUAGCUAUAUAAUCCAAUCUGCCUUGGGUGAAAGAAGACAUCAAAACCCUUUUGGUCCCCUUGGCCAGGAGCUCCUCAAGGAUUUUUUGUCAGGGGCUCCAAAUAGACAAUAGGAAGAAGAGGCUGUCCUCAUUUGUGGCUAGAAAUGGAUCUAACUCACUUUCUAGGCAUCUCAGACCAAUCUUCAGCUGCCCUUCUAUUCCAUGUUUCUGCCUGUGCACCCCACCUUCCGUUUUCUGUCUACCCCACUCACUGUCUCAGGAAACCCUGGCCUCUGCCAAGGUGUGUUUAGUCCAUGAGAAGGAGGAGCCCACUGAACAGACCACUGUCACUCAUGCUGGUGGCAUUGUUUACAGCCGAGAAAGUUGCACUGGUGCUGAUGCCCUUGGGCAGUAAGUGCUGGGAGAAGGCUUUAGAGCUUGAGGGGAGGGUUACGGCUGGACCCUAGGAUUCUUGAAUAGCCUCUGAAAUACGUAUUUUCUCCCACAUGGUCUAUGAAUCCCAACGUGAUUUAGAAUAAAAUGGAAGGAAGGUAGAAGGAGAGGCAAAUGUACUUCUCAUCCAGUAUCCUACACAGAGGGUAUUUCUUCCGGGCUAAGAGAAAGGUUGUAUUUGACAUGAGUACUUGAUCUCAUGCAGUGCCUAAGAGGCCUCCUCGAAGAGGGUUAGUUGGGCGUUCUCUGUACUCAGGUAUCUCUUUCAGGAUUUUCUAACCCUGACACAGACUGUGUACUGCUCCUCAAUCAUACUAUGCUGUGUUAUUUAAUUUUGCCUGGCUAAGGCCACUUCUGAAUUAUUUGUAAAACUGAUUUGCCCUAUAUUUAUAAUAAAAAUUAUAUUUCAGACAUGAA